AAAAAAAAAAAAUGGGUGAACCUAUGAAGCCCGUCGCUGCGCCAGCAGUCACAUCAUUGCUGCGCAUACGAUUGGUGCAGACGAUUCUCAUAAAUAGCGCUCGUAAUCUUUUUUUCUUUCCUUUCUCCUGCUGAACCUCAUACUGCGGCAACCAUGCAACUUCUCUCUCCUGUCGAUGAAAAAAGAUUACAUUGUGAACAACAACGAAUGUAUGUCAAUGCAUUAGUCGACAUGUCGGUUCAAGCCAUCGCUUCGAUUUGGCCUUCGUCAGCUGGAUCGCCGGUCGUGCAUCGACCUAUUGCUAGCUUGAACAUCUUUCUCCACCAUAUCCUCAAACAAUCUCGCACCACCCACUCCACCUUGCAACUAGCCAUUUUUUAUCUCUUCCGUAUCCGACCUCGGAUCCACAGUCGCUAUACCAACGACGUUUACGUUUCUUGUGGACGUCGCAUGUUCCUUGCUUCCCUCAUCUGUGCUCACAAGUACCUCCAGGAUAAGACGUACAAGAAUUCCGCUUGGAGCAAAAUUAGUGGUCUCAAUGUCAAAGAGAUCAACCAUGCCGAACGAGUCAUGCUCCAGUUGCUCGAUUACAGACUCUACGUCAAAAAAGAUACCUACGAUCAGUGGAUGGCUAUGCUUCAAAAGCAUCUCAAGAUUCGUCCUGUUCCGUCUCAUCAUCGUCCCCCUCACCCCACAGACGAAGCCACUGACCGCUCGAUUCCCACCAAGCCCACCGCGCCAAAUGUCUUGCCGUUCAACCGCCACACUGUUAUGCAUCUAGGCAUGCCAACGCCUGUCGAAUUGAGCAAACCCAUGGCAUUACCUUCACCGUUGGCUCAAGAACGCAAACGUAGACCUAGUUUGGACAACGAACCUACUCCUGCUAAAAGAAUACGUGCCUAAUAAUUUUCUUUUUUUAUUGUAUCUUCUUCCUCUUCUUCUUCACUGUGCAUAUUUUUUAUUCUCUUCGUUCCGAUUCGCCCAAAACUGAAUAUCGUUGCCUGCCCAUCGAGAAUAAUAAGUUUCACACUCCAAAAAAAAAAAUAUCGCAUCGGGACCAUGCAUCUGUAGAAACAUAUCACACUCAUUACUUUUCUUCCAAAAAAAAAAGUUCUUAUCCAUAAAUUUUAAUAUUUUUUGUCCAUGUUUA